GAAACAACGACAGCAUCAAAAGGCUGAAGUGUGGAAAGAAAUAGCUUGCAAAUCAAUCUGUUGCUGACCGCUGUGGAAAUAUUGACAUCAGGAAAUUUUACUCCUGUGACAGGGUCCAACCAAAUCCAGACAAGAUGAACGUGUUCGAUCGAAGUAUAAAUUUUGAUUCCCUUUUUAAAUUUUCCCAAAUCUCCCACUCCACUCAGCUGCACCUGAAGAAUGUCUACUCCAGCCUGGCCCUGUGCAUGUUUGUGGCUGCAGCAGGAGCCUACGUCCACGUCGUCACCAGGCUCUUCCAGGGUGGGAUGUUGACCAUGCUGGGCUCCCUGGCCAUGAUGGCUUGGCUGGCUAUGACUCCGCACAGCCCUCUGACUGAGAAGAAGAGACUGGCCAUCCUCUCUGGUUUUGCCUUCUUCACAGGUGUUGGUUUGGGCCCAACCAUGGAUUAUGUCAUCUCUAUUAACCCAAGCAUCAUUGUGACAGCUUUCCUGGGGACCUCAAUCAUCUUUUUGUGCUUCACGCUGAGUGCCCUCUACGCCCAGCGCAGGAGCUACCUCUUCCUUGGAGGUACUCUAAUGUCCGGACUGUCCAUCCUGCUCCUGGUCUCUUUCCUCAACAUGUUCCUGGGGUCUGUCAUGUUGUUUACGGCUCACAUGUACCUCGGUCUGGUCAUCAUGUGUGGAUUUGUGCUGUUUGACACUCAACUCAUCAUUGAGAAGGCUGAGAUGGGAGACAAAGACUACAUCUGGCACUCUGUGGAUCUCUUCUUGGACUUUGUGACCAUCUUCAGGAAGCUCAUGGUUAUUCUGGCCAUGAAUGAGAAGCAGGACAACAAGAAGAAGGAGAAGAAGUAAAUGAAGAUAUGUGACUUGGAAUUGCUUCAGGAGUGCUUCUGGUGCAUUCACAUAACUGCUUAAUUAUUCUAAUUAUUUAGACCAUAUUUGAUUUUGUACUUUGAU